GAAAAAUGAAAAAAUUGUUCAGGAGAGUCUCAAGAAGAAGUCUGAAGCUAACGACGCGAAAUCGUCGGAGAUGGUCAGUGGGAUCGUCCAAGACAUCAUCGCCGACACGGAGGAUUCCCUCUUUUGGCUGGAAUUUCGAAAAGAGACAGAGAGAGCGUUCAUUCCGGGCAAGGUCUACAAUUUCGACGAGAAGAAACACGGUACCAGAAUGACCGAGGAAUUCCUGAAGAAGCACUGCAAGCUGAACAAACUCUACCAAACCCCACACUUGAACGACGUACUCUAUCUCCAUUACAAAGGUUUCUCUUUCAUCGAGAACCUGCAGAGGUACACAGGUCUGAAGUGUUUGUGGCUGGAGAACAACGGUAUAAGGGAGAUCGCGAACCUGGAGAACCAAGCGGAGCUCAAGUGUCUCUAUUUGCACAACAAUUUGAUCAGCAAAAUCGAGAACCUCGAUUACCUGGCGAAGCUCGACACUCUGAACCUCUCUCACAACACUAUACGGAGGAUCGAGAAUCUCGAUGGCCUGAAGUUCCUGAAUAGCCUAAACCUGUCGCACAACUACUUACAAGGUACCGCUGACAUCGACCAUCUCCGAUUGCUGGACAACCUCGCGGUACUGGAUAUUUCUCACAACAGGAUAGACACCGACCAAGUCGUUAAUAUUCUGGGGGACAUGAAAAACUUGCGUGUGGUAUCGCUGAUGGGCAAUCCAGUCUUGAAGACGAUUAGACUCUAUCGUAAAACUAUGAUCCUGAAAUGUAUAAAUCUCAAGUAUCUGGACGACAGGCCGGUGUUCCCGAGAGACCGUGCCUGUGCCGAAGCUUGGAUGCGAGGGGGGCCCCAAGAAGAAGCAGCCGAGAGGAGACGUUGGAUCGAGGCAGAGCAGAAGAAAAUUAACGACAGCGUGCAAGCCCUGAUAAACAAAAGGAAGCUGUGCAAACCGGUCGGGACGUCCGAAAAGGAGGCUGAGGAUAAGAAGAAGACGAAGAAGGACGAAGAAGCGGCCACGAGCACGCUUGUCUGCGCGAGCAACGAGCUGCUCGACCUGGAGGAGAAGAAAAAGUCGGACAGCAGCUCGUCCUCCGGCAACAGCUCCUCCGCGUCCGAUUACGAGGACGAAGAGGUGGAGAACGGUGGAACGGCGCAAAAAGAAAUCGAGAAAAUUGACGGAAGGAGGCCAGUGGCGGAGGAAGGAAGAAAAGGCGAGGUUGCCAAGGAAAUAUUGUUACCCUGGAAAAUCGAGAUUCCAUCGAACGAGGGAUCUAAAAGGCUUUUAAUCGAGGAGAUAGAAGAGACGAAAGAAUACGAGGCAGCCGAUGCGAAGAUUUUGGACGAGCGGACGAGCGUCAGUGAUCCACCAAGUGCUCUGGGAAGAAAUCUGGCCCAUUACGAGGAACUCGUCCUGGAGACGAGCAACGAGACCGAAAUUACCCCACCGCGCCUUAAAGAGCAGGCAACGUUCAAGAGCACGUCCGUUUCUUGCGAUCUUUUGAAUCGUGACUCGAAUGAAAACAAGAAGGAAGAGGAUACCGAUGAUGCCGACGAAAAAGGUGACCCACACCCCCUGAGCAGUAAGCUGAGCACCAUCAGAGAGGAUAUGAAGGACUUCUGCGUGACCAUGGACAAAUUUGUGGAGGACAACAAAAUCGUGUUUAAGAACGGUGACGUGAAGGGAUUCUGGGGUGAGAAAGAAAUCGAGUUUGACGAACGAAGCGAGAGGCUGAUAUCGAAGGAAAAAGAGAACGAUAAGAAAUGGUGGAAUACCAGGGAGCGAAAAUUAAAGGUGAGAGAGAUCUUGAAAAAGAGAGAAGAGGCUCGAUCACGGAACAUAAAAAAAGUUGCGGAGAAGAAUGUACCGAAGAAAGACGAAGAGAAAAGGGAAACGUCGUCGCAGAAUGUUUAUGAUUUGUUAAAUUUGAAAACGUGUCCUAAAAUUUUAUUGAAAGACGUGAAUGAUUCUCCUGAAAGUGAAGACACUUCUAUGUUUUGUCAGUCCACUGAAAAGGACGAGAAGAGAUCUAUGGGCGUUUUCAAUUCCUUCUUUAACGAGAUAAAUCUCAGAAGUAGAACUGACAUGAAACCCGAGAAAGCCUUAAAAUCCACAGCUUCCCAUGAAUUAGUAGCCAUAGAGGAAGUAGAUGAAGUCGAGGAGACACUUAGAUUUUCCAGUAGUAACGACGUCACUUCUGAUAAUGCUACUGCUUACUCGAAAUUGAAUAAUGAUCAAGAAAUUGUUAAAAAGGAAGCGGUUCGUAUAGAAAUCUUGGACGCAAAUCCUAUUAACUCUACCGAUGAUGAGUCAGACGAAUCUGUAAAAACUGUAAUUGAUAAUUAUGAGAAACCAGCGGAGAUCAAUGAAGAAUCAGAUUUAAAAGAAAAAACUGAUGAAGAUACUUCCGAUGCUUCGAAAAGUGUCGAUUUACAAAACGGCAGUAAGGAUGCUCCGAAAUUGCAUAAGAGAACGAGAGACUAUGAAUGCAUGGAUGUAGUUAGUAAAAAAUCGCAUUUGAUCGAAGAACUGGACGACGAGAAAAAUAUGCAAGGCCCGAAGACUACUAGUCAAGUGGCUGAAAAAUGUAGACGACAUAUGUUGAGAGAGGCGAGGAAGUUCGUUAAGAAAGAAUCGCCUUUAAUCGAUAAGUGCAUUGAAAACUUGAUAACGAAUAGGAAUGACAAAUGCACGUGGAACACGAAGGAGGAUUUCCUGACUUCUUCAGCUUUAAACCUGACUUCCAACUUACUUUUCCGAACCCCGGAAGAUUCAGAAAAGAAACCUGCAUCACAAAUAGAGGGAAAAUUGGAUAUUCAAAACGUAAAAAAUCAGGAAAUCGCUACAAGACCUGAAUCAGAUGUCGUGUCGAUUGCACGACUCUUGGAAGAAUCGAAAAUCGACGAGGACUCUCUGCACAAAGCCUCUGCGAAUUUGUAUCAGGAAUUUUGCGAUCGUUUGCAGCGGAUGGACAGCAAAAAGAGACUUUUGAUCGAGCCAGAUUUCAUGAAGAGUAAAGUGGCUCUCGAGAAAGAAGAACGGGACGUUCCGUCACCAAGGGAGACGAAACAAUCGAAGGGGGCACAAACAAGUCCAUUAAUCGAAAUAAUUUCAGCCGAUUCAACGGAAGUAGAGAACGUGGAAGAACUGGAGGAACCACUUGCUGCCGCUGAAGACUCCAUCGAAAUGGACGCAGCUUUGAGAGACAAAAUAUUGAAGAGCAUAAACGCUCCGAAAAGCGACGAGCAGAGGGAAAGGGCUAAAAAGUCGGCUGAUAAACUGAUGAAAAUUUCCAGGGAAGCAAUGGCCAAAGGAAAAUCGCUGCUCGAACAAUCUUCUGCUAAUAGCAGUCAGCAACAACCGAUAUCGCCGGGUGACAGUCGGAGAUUUUUCAUGAACUUAUUAAAAGAAGAGUCUCCACAAGAGACCAACGACGAUGCGGCAGAUUCAUCGGAAAUUAUGGAGAAGAAAAAUGAAGAGUUGAUAACGGAAGAUAAUGCGGAGAAAACUAUUCUAGAAACAGAUGAUGCGAAUUCAUUAUUACCUCCGUGUGCCAGCGUCCAAGAUGAUCAAACCCUCGAUACAAAGAGAGAAACUGCUGAGAGAAUCCUGAAAAGUAUAGAAAUGCAAGUGGCCCAACGAGAUAAUACUGAAACUGCAGAAUAAAAAACGGAGAUGUUAAUAUUUGAAAAAAGAAAAAGUCUAAAAAACAUUUAUUUAUUAUAUAACUAUCGUAGAUCGUUUUAAUUUAGUUGUACCAUUGUAUUAUCUCCCUUUAUUCAAAUAAAUCGAUUCAAAGGAGUUCACAUCAGGCGAAUACUUGAAUCGAGGUUGCG